CCCUGCCCUGCCCUGCCCUGCCCUGCCUUGCCCCGACCGAGCCCCGGCGGGCGGGAGCGCGGCCGGAGAUCCGGCAAGUGCUUCUCGCCACCCGCGGCGCGGUGCCCCGGAGGCCGCGGUCCCCCGGGCCCCGCCGCAGUGGGAGGAGCGGGCGCGCCGGUGUCCCCGGGAGGGCUGGGGGACACAGCGCGGGGCUGUGGCGUGUCAGCUGGGGCUCAGCGGCUCGGGUGCUGUGGGCUGGUUCAAAAGUUGUUCAGCGCGUGCAGUACUGCUCCCCUGCAGCCGGCCUCAUCAGAUAGAUAAAUUAUAUAAAAAUACUUCUGGUUUGCAUGCAGCAUUUCAUUGACUUUGCUUGUGAAGGCUCACCAUAUGAUACCGAUAACUUGAAGAGAUCUUGGACAGUUCUUGGAGGUUGUUUGACUACAUUUUAAAUUGCAUUUUGCAGAUAAGUGUUGCACAUGUCUAAAUAUGCAGUCUGCUAAUAUGCUUCUGAGAAGAAUUGUAAGAAGUUCUGUCCUUCCAUUUGCCACACAACAUGGGAUGAAAAAGGAUUUGUUUCCGCUCAGUAGAACUCUGAGUUUAUCACUUUGUCUGAUGCAGGACAAGUCAUGUGAACCCUCAGAAAAACUGGAUUUAGAUGAGUGGAAGAAGGUAAUGAAAUCCGGGUUUCAGGAAGAGGUCAGUGAGGUGGUCUCAGAGCCUAAGGAGCUUUCCAGUUUGGCUGCUGCACGUGAGACUUUGGAGAUGUGGAGGCUAGCUGGCAGAGCAGUUCCAGAAAAUAUUAGUGAAGAACAGCUAAAAACCUUUAUGGAGUGUCCUUCUAAGUCAGCCAAAAAGAAGUAUUUAAAAUAUUUGCAUCUCAGAGAACUUCACAAGAAAAAUGAAAAGAGAAAGAUGGAUGAGAAAAGGGAAAGGAGGCUGGAAGCACAAGAUCAAGCUUCAAAAACAGAUGAGACCAAAAAGGGUUCAUUCAUGUGUUUAUGGUCCCGCACUAUGGAUAAAGCAUACAAUUGGAGGGCUGCUCAGUCCAUGAUCUUUGGCCAGCCUCUAGUAUUUGACAUGUCUUAUGAGAAAGAGAUGUCUGUCCGAGAAGUCUCAAAUACAGUGAGACAGAUAGUAAUGAGUGAAAGCAGCAAUCGGAGAUCUGUGGAUCCAUUCCACAUCCACUUCUGUAACUUCAAAGAUGAUAGCCUCUAUCACAGGGAAUUUAUCAAGAAUUAUAGAGAGGCAUGGGACAAACUGCUUAUCACAGUGACAGACCAGUGCUACACAGAAAUCUUUCCAAAGGAUAAGCUCAUCUAUCUGACAGCUGAUUCUCCCAACGUAAUGAAAACAUUUGAUCACGAUAAGAUCUAUAUUGUUGGGUCAAUGGUUGACAGGAGCAUAAAAACAGGAGUCUCUUUAGCACGGGCAAAACGAUUAGGACUGGAGACUGCAGCCCUUCCACUGGAGAAGUAUUUGCUUUGGAGUACUGGUGCCAAAAAUCUCACACUGGAUCAAAUGAUGCAUAUUUUAUUAACCUUGAAAGAUACUGCUGACUGGAAGAAGGCUCUGGAAUUUGUUCCGAAAAGGAAAUACUGUGGCUUUGUAAACAAGCCUGUAAAGGAAUUGAAAAAAACGUUAGACCUGAUCAACACACUCAAACUUGGAAAGGGACGGGAAAAAGUAGAAAAGCAAUUUGCCAAAAACUACCCCAAGAGGUAUAAACUAAAGCAAAAGUAGAGUGAUGGGGAGGAAAAUGAAUUUUUUACACGCAAACUGUGCCAGCUGCUUGGUACAUCUGGAAUUUCUGUUCAGCUUUUAAUCUCAGAACAGAUUUUGUUGCUUAUGUUGAAAAUUACUAUCAUUAAGAAUUGAGUUUUUUAAAGUUACUUUAAUAGUCCAGCUGUUUAAAUUUAUUCACACAUUAUCGAAAUUAUGUAAGAGAAAUGAGAUAAUCUGUUGUAAAAAUAUAACUCUACACGAAGACUAUCAGUCUGUUCAAUUGAACAGUGCUUGGACAAGGGUGAUUUUUACUGAAUGCAAAGAUCUUCAGAGCUCACUGCUUUGGAGGCUGUCUACAGUUUUAUUCUGUAAGAUCACUAAGAUGAAGUAAAAGAGACCUCUCCCAUUA